CUAUCCCCCUCCUAACAACCUCCUUCUGUCCUACACAGCAUCCAUCCUCGCUCCCCGAGUCUUCCACCUGGUCGCGUUGGUUCCGUUCCUCCUCGAACAACAUGUCGGUCUCAGACAAGGUCGCUCCGGCCCUGCCCAUCCCCUCCUUCGGCGACUUGGGCAAAGCUGCGAACGAUAUCAUCAACAAGGAUUUCUACCACGCCAGCCAAGCCCAGCUCGAGGUCAAGCUCAAGGCCCCCAGCGGCACCAAUGUCACCAUCAAGGGCAAGCAGGGCUUCGACAAUGUCACUACUGCCUCCGUCGAGGGCAAGCACGUCCUGAAGCCGCAGGGUGUCACCAUCACCCAGGCCUGGACCACCGCCUCGCUCCUCGACAGCAAGGUCGAGCUCUCCGACGUCAUUGCCCCCGGCGCAAAGGUCGAUCUGCAGAACCUGUGGAACCCCAGCAAAGCCGCGUCCGCCGCGCAGAAGUUGAUCUUUGCCUACAAGGCCCCCAACUUCCACGGCCGCACCUUCAUCAACUACGCGCAGGCGAGCGGCAACAUCGACGCCAUCAUCGACGUCGUCGCCGGCCACGAUGGCUUCCUCGUGGGCGGUGAGGCCGGCUACGACCUCCAGAAAGCCGCCGUGACCAAGUACUCCGUCGGCCUGGGAUACCAGACCCCCAGCUACGUCGCCAACCUGACCGCCACGCAAAACCUCGGCAUAAUCGCCGCAUCCUACUACCAGAAGGUCAACGAGUCGACGGAAGUUGGCGCCAAGGUGGGCUACGACGUGAACGCUGCCAAGGCGAGCGGGCUCGAGCUGGCGUCCAAGUACAAGCUCGACCCUCUCAGCUUCGCCAAGGCUAAGGUCAACGACCGCGGUAUUGCAGCUCUCGCCUACAACACCAAGCUGAACGCUGGCACCACUCUGGGCCUCGGUCUCUCGCUUGACCUCAACAAGCUCAACGAGGCCGGCCACAAGAUCGGAACGCACCUCCAGUUUGAGGGUUAAGCUGUUUCCGAGAGCCCUGUGUCGUAUCGAAUGGGCACGCCUAUUAGAUGGCGGUAGGAGCGGAGGUGGAUUAUAGACAGCGGUGCAAAGAGCAGUGAAGCAGGCAGACAGAGCGGCUUGUAUAAUUGAUUCCAGGCACCCAGGUGCUUUAUUC